GACAACUCCAUCAUUAAACUUAAAUCCUUUCCCAGAAUCCAAGAUACCGAGGCCGGCAAAGAUACGAAAGCGUUUCUCUUGCUGCAGUUUUACUUUCAGCAUCUACUUCGCAGCUUGGCGCCAACCCUUCACGAAAGCUAAAGAGAAAGAGCCGCGAUGGCGUUUGGGCAAACGCUAAUGUCAAGCAGAAACCUCUUAUUCACCGUCCCAAGAAACCCUCACACAAACAGCAUCUCCCUAUCUCCGACUCCCCAAUACUCGUCUUUUUCCCUCACUAAACGACCGCGGUCCUUUCGAACGCUGAAAUGCUCUGUCGAUUACAGAGACCAAAACUACAACCUUCAAGUAACGUACCCAAAACCCCCAGAAAUCCCGUGGAGCAAGGACCUUUGUAAUACGGUGCACCUCAUCGGCAAUGUCGGCGCCGCCGUCGACAUGAAGCACUUAACAUCCGGCAAAGUCCUGGCGUGGACUCGACUAGCCGUCAAGAAAUCCUCUACCGACACCACAUGGAUUAAUUUGACAUUUUGGGAUGAGUUGGCGAAUACUGCGUAUCAGCAUGUAGAGAAAGGGCAACAAAUAUAUGUUUGUGGUCGGUUGGUUUCGGAUACGGUUGAAAGCGACGAUGGCAAACAACAGACUUAUUACAAGAUAGUUGUCCAACAAUUAAAUUUUGUGGAAAGGAACUCCUCCUCUGUGGCAUCAUAUGAUCGUGGCUCUAGUGUGGUGCCUAAUAGGAAAUUUGGCGGUAAUGUUGUGAAUAAUAUGGGCUCUGUUGAGGAACUAUGGCAAGCGUUCUUCGCCAAUCCUACAGAAUGGUGGGAUAAUAGGAAGAACAAGAGGAGCCCAAAAUAUCCAGAUUUUAAGCACAAGGAUACUGGAGAAGCUCUAUGGAUUGAAGGUAGGAAUAAUCCACACUGGGUGAAGUCCCAAUUGGAGAUACUAGACUCCAGAAUGAGUUCUUUCGAAGAUGAGGAUGAAAGGAUGCAUGCUUCAAUCACUGGUGAUAAUCUCACGCCUUUCUAAUGGCUUAUUCUACUGUGUUUGUGACGUUGCUAUAAGUUGAGUACCCUUGGCAUGGUGCUCGCAUAUUGCAUGAGGAAAUUUUGUAAGCCCUGAUACCCUUCAGAUGUAUGGUCUGUUCCGUAAAUUUUGCAUCGUCUGCAAGUUCUAGUUUCAUAUGCUUUUGUUUGACCUUUUGAAUUUCUGGAAUAUGAUUAAUUAUGUUUGUCAGUGUAAUAGAUUUGUCUUUUGGUGGCCUUCCUCUGUAAUUACCAUGAAGAAAUUGAUGAUUCACUAAUUAAUUCAAUUGCUUAAACCUGGUUCUUUA